UCAUCAGAGGUGCGCUGCAGUUCAUCUAUCUAUCCUGUCGGUUGAGGAAAGAUUAAGAUGUUUGUGUGAGGUCUUUUGCCAAAGAUGCUGAACAAAUAAUCUUAAAUGACACAAUCUUCACUGAAGUCACUAUCACACCAGUUCAUCUAUAAAUACUGUGAAGAAGUCAAACAAGCAGCUGCUGUCACAACACAUUCAACUACUCUACUAUUCUGAUCCACUGUUGUAAUGAUGGAGUGUGUUAAAGAGGAGACUGAUCCUGAAUCAUUUACAAUAACACCUCAACACACUGAACAACAAAGAGACGUAAUGGAAAUGAAAGAGGAAGACCAACAACAAAAUGAAAUGGAGGAUGAAGAUCAGCACCACAAUUUCAAAAGUGAAGAAAAUACUUUUAGUUGCUCACAGACUGAUGAGGAUUCACCUCAAGAAAGAGCAGAAGACAAAAUCUCGUUUACAUGUCAUCUUAAUGGUGAGACUUUUUCACAAAAAGAACAUUCAAAUGUUCACAUAAAGACUUCCACAGGUUUGCUUCAGUGUGAAAAGACUUGCACAAGUAAAAGGCACCUUAAGGAUCAUUUAAUGAGUCACAUUAGUAAGAGGACAUUUGCAUGCCCUCAGUGUGAUAAGUGUUUUAAACAACAAAGAAGUUUUUAUGUUCACAUAAAGACUCAUACUGAAGAAAGGCCAUAUGCUUGUCCUCAUUGUGGAACUACUUACAGACAUAAAUGGCACCUUAAGGAUCAUAUAGUAACUCAUACAAUUGAGAGACCAUUUGCAUGCCCUCAGUGUGAUAAGGUUUUUUUACGAAAAAGAAAUCUUGAUUAUCACAUAAAGACUCACACUGGAGAAAGGUCAUACGCCUGUCUUCAUUGUGAAAAUACUUACCAAUAUAAAAGAGAUCUUUGGAAACAUUUAGAAAGUCACAGAGAUGAGAGGAGCUUCACCUGCCCUCGGUGUGAUAAGGGUUUUUCACUAAAAAUAAAUCUUGAUGAUCACAUAAAGACUCACCCUGAAGAAAGGCCAUACAGCUGCAAUCUGUGUGGAAAGACCUACAAAUGUAAAAAGUCUCUGAUGAAACACAAAAUAAGUCACAGUAAUCACAGGCCUUUCUCUUGCUCUCAAUGUGGAAAAAGUUUUAAACGAAGAGGAACCCUUAAAGUUCACAUGAGGAUUCACAGUGGUGAUGGGCUUUACACCUGUCCUCAUUGUGGGAAGAGUUUCACAAAAAAAGGAAAUUUAGAGGCUCACAUAAGAGUUCACACUGAAGAGAAACCUUUCAGGUGCCCUCAGUGUGACAAGAGCUUUACACAACGUGGAGCUCUUAAGCAUCACAUACGAAGUCAUACAGGUGAAAAGCCUUUUUUGUGCCAUCUGUGUGAUAAGACUUAUGCACGGGCACAAAGUCUUAAGUAUCAUCUGCUGUCUUACCAUUUUGUAGAAAUCCCCUAAACGUGUUCACAUUGAGGAAAGAGUUUUAUUGAGUCUUUGACGCUGAUAAAACACAAGUGACUGUAUACUGGAGAGAAGCUGCACUGCUGUCAUUCAUGUUGGAGAAGUACUACAUUUGAAAAACAUUUACCCACUCAGUCCCUCUUUAGUGAAAUGACCUGCCAUUCUUCACCUGAUCGUCUGUGACCACCGAAUCUUUCAACACAUCUGAAGACAAAACACUUUCGCAUUCAUUGGAUUAUCCCCUAAUACACAACAUUCCACUGUUAACUUUAACAUUGCUUACAGCUUCAACACUAUUUCUUCUUGUAAGCUUCAUGUACUAUGCUUAUUGUAGGUGCUUAAGACAAAAUGUUAAACGUUAUGUUUUUCAGUAUUUUAAGAAAGGGCCUAUCUUUGUGUGACAUAGUUUUCAUAAAGUGCAAUUAACUUAUUUUAUCGUAAUUAAGAUGCAGUGUUAUUCACUGGAUUAGUCUGUAUUGUAAUCGUUUGACAAAUGUGGGAUAUUUAACCUUGAAUAUAUUUUUUGUAUCCAUACAUUUAUGAUUUGUAUGUUUUAUUUGGUGUAUAAGCUGAUAGGUGAUUAAUUUCCUUGCUUUUCGCGAAUUUUGAAAGGAGAUUGAAAAUGGGACUUUUAUUUUGCCUCUUGGAGCCUGACGUGCGGUGACGUCAUUACAGUUGCGCUGCAGCUCGUCUGUCGGUUGAGGGAAGAUUGAGGUGUUUGUGUGAGGUAAAUAAAACGAUAAAACACAUUUUUUUUAUGACUUUGUAAAGAAAUGUAAUUAAGCAACUUCAAUUCAAAUGUUAAAUAAUACUACAGUAGUUUAAUACUGUAUUGUAAAGUACUGAGAGCUGUUUCACUAGGGCCAACAACAUUUAUACAAGGCAAGAAAUAAAGAGAUUUACUUAACUUUUAUUGCCAUUUAGGUACGUUUUUCAGAUCUGUUGAUGAGCUUUACAUGCGUUUUAAGGAAUAGGCCUAUACAUGCUCCUCUUUUCCAUACAGUUCUUUAACAUAGCAGAUUGCUGUUGCUACUAAAAUUUAUCAGGAUCAUAACU